AUGCAAACUGCUUCAACAUUGUCUUCUGGUCGAUUAUUGAGCUUUUCUGUUAAUGGGGAUGUUGGCGAUUCCAAAAAGGCUCAGACGCCGAAAGUAAGACAGAAUGAGGACAUGGAUUUCCACCGAAUCUUUGUUCUUUUAAGCCUUUAUCAUCUUUGUCCCAUUGAACAAUGCUUAACUUGUCGACGAUCAACUCAAGCGCAGUUGUCGUCUUUGAGAGAACUGAUUAUCUGUUGAUUCAACAAAACUGUUUUGCUCCAAAGACUCUUUCACGCAUUCAUUGUCACCACUUGCGUCGUACAGUCCUCACCACCGCAUGUUAUGCCAAAGUUACCGUUUAUUGUGAUUCUUGUGCAUGUAAUGGCGAUAUCACAGGAAGUGGCGGUGUACGGUACACAGUAUAUGGUAGUCCAUACAAUAAUUAUAAGUAUUCUCUGCUUGGCCGUGGGCAUUUUACUUCUCAUUGCCAAUUUUCCCGUACUUUAUGCUAUACUUGCAAACAGCAAAUUAAGGAUACGGUAUGGUAUUUUGGCUUUACUGCUCUUGGCUGCGGUGAUUACAGGAUUCAAUUGUUUGCUGCGAGUCAUUUCCAUUAUUUUGGAAUUAUGGAAUAUAAACGACAGUGAUUGCAAAAACCAUACGAAUGAAUCCAUCUUUAUUAACAAGAUGCCAUGGAACUGCCUGGGCCCGGUGUUACGUGAUGAUGUCGCAGGAAACGUUCUUUCUCCUAGUGUUUGCACGAAUGUGUAUCUCGACGAUAACGGAAGAAUGUUGAAGUGGAUGUGGACUGACUCCAAGAGCAAUGAGUUGCACCUUGGUGCCCACCAAGGUGUGGUAGACAAUUUUGUUCUUGAGCAAAGAGAAAUUGUAGUUAUCCGAUGGAUAAACAAAGGAUGUAAUCAUCUGAUAGCAUUUCUCGUCCUACCAAACGUGGCAGCGUAUUGCACUAAACUGUUGAAGGCGGAAAACGCGGAUCUGUACAAUGCAUACCUGAAGUUGGUGAGCUAUACCUCCACGUUGGACAUCCUUGUCAUUAUGCUGUAUCGACAAGGGGAUAUUGCUGCGGAAGUGUUGCAACGCUUUCCAUUUCUGCUUUCCUUUCGAAUUUUACUUCAACCUUUAAUGAAAUCAAAAGUGAAAAUCGUAGAGCCGAAGCGGGCCG